AUGCAAACUGAACGAGCCAGCUUGCAAGCUGGCUUGGCUUGGCUUGGCUUGUCAAUUGAUCUCCACGAUCCAAGCCGAGUCGAGCCAAAAAAAAGUGGCUCGACUCGAGCCGUUGAACGAUAA